AACUUUUUAUCAAUUUCAACUUCAACAAUUUAAUCAUUUUGACUCUCUCAUAAUUAUGAAUUUGUAUGCCAUAAUUAUGAUUUGUGUCAUAAAUGUGACUUAGAUAAAAAGUCAAAAUUGACAUACUAAGUUUUUGACUGUCAAUUUCAUCUUGUCAUAAUUUUGACUUUGUAUGCCAUAGUCUUUUAUGUGUCAUAAUUGUGACUUAGUAUGUCAACUAUGACUUUUUAUCACAUAAUAUAACUUUGUCAUUAUUUCUACUUUUUAUUUUUUUUAUAUCAUAAUUUCAACUUAUCUCAACUUAAACUUGUCAUAAUUUCAGCUUUAUCUCAUAAAUAUGUUAUAAUUUUUUUUUUUUUUAUCUCAUUCUCAUAAUAACUUGUCAAUUUCAUUUUUUUAUCUCAUAAUUUUGACUUUGUCAAUUUCGAAUAUGCAAAGUUGAACUUAACUUUAGCUCCAUGUUUUUAGAAAGCUGUCUUAUGCAUAUGCAUAUGGUCAAACGCGUCCAUCUAGCGCAUGUUCACAUAAACGUGAUGCAGUGGAAUGAAAAAACAAGAGCGUUUGAGAUUGUCAAAUUAUAAGGCAAGCAUGACUAUUACUGUUCAUCUUACUAAAAUAUAAAUUUUUGAGGUUUUCUAAGUAAUAGUGAGACAGUAUUCAGUGCAGAGGGAGGCUUUAAGAAAGCAAACAUUAAUAAAUUGAUCUAAUUUAAUCUUAUUAAAGCAGCCACAUCUGUGACUCUUGGCUGAUGUUUCCCUCUGCUGGUAUCCUCUAGUACUACACUGCAAAAUAUAUGUUAUUAUGUGUGUGUAUAAAUGUAUUUGAAAACAAACUCAACCUUAAAACACACCAGAUGAAUAUCAGAAGGAGUAGUAAAGCCAAAAACAAUUUUUCAGUGAAUAAUGAUAUAUAUUUGUCCCUCUUUCUCACAUAAAGCUAUAUAGCUCACAAGUCAAAUGAACUACUGUUAUGAUACUUCUGAUACUCGGAAUGACUUGAGGGUGAGUAAGUGAUAUCGUCUGUUUUAAGUGUUUGUCUAUACAUGCACCCUGCUUUAAUCUCUCUCUCUCUCUCUCUCUGCAGUCAUGGAAAGAUUUGCCAAGUGAUGUCAGAAUGGGAGGAGCCUGUGGACCCUUAUAGAAUAAGGUGGGUGGAGAAGAUCUGUUUGACUGACAGGUGAGGCAUCAAAUCAGCCGAUUAAAGGUGUAAGUACGUCAGCGUCUCCCGAGGAAUAUCCGCUUUAACAAUGUUAAGAGUAUCAGAUUAAGUGUUAAGGAGGAAAGUUUAACCUUGUUCUUCCUGGGCUGUGAAGAGGCUCUAGAUAGCAGGAGCACGUAAACUGUCUUUUGAUCCUGCAGGGUGAAUUGAGGCCAAAAACACAAAUUAAGGGCAUGAAACAGUCACUGACACAGCAGAAACCUCUGAGAUCUGUUAAAAAGACAUUAAUAAUCAACAGUGUGUUACUAACAAUUCAACAUUUUUAUAUUUUCUAACAGUGUGUGACAUUUACCUAUGCGAACAUUUUGAUGUUUUUUUUAGCAUGUCACUAUGUGGUUGCUAUGCAUUUGCUAAGGUAUUUUAUUUUUAGCCUGUUGCUAUACAAUCACUAAGGUGUUCAUGGUGUUUUUAGUAUGUUACUAUGCAGAUCUGAGGAAUCAUUCAUGUUUGGAGCACAGAUGUCUGGACGAGUUACACAGCAAAAGUUAGUGCUUGGUGUGAAGGGUUUGAUGAGAUCACUAAUAUUAACUAUAAGCACUGGUGAUGCUUGACUUGGGUCACCGAGAUUUCGCCAAGAAAACAUAUUUUGUUGAUCCUGGAACAACAUUCCUGGCUGAAAACAUAGUCCUAACCUGAACUAACCUAAAAUCAGAGAGAAAUUAUGUACUGUAGUAGAAGAAAUAUACUGUAAACUUGUCCCUCAAAUCUGAUUGGUUGAUUGGAAUGUUGUUCCAGGAUCCAAAAAGAUGUUGAUCCAGGAACACGUUAGCCCUUGACUUGGCCACUAAUUACAAAACCACCUACAUAAUAACUAGUUUAGCAAUUUACACGUUUGACGCAUCUAACAACACAUUAUGCAAUUGACCGCUAGUAAUUGCGUUGGUUUCAAUCUGCAAAAGGUUAGAGAGUUAAGUUAAUUUGAUUAAAUUAAACUGACACACAUUUUAAGUCUCUCCCCCACAGGGGUCCCUGUCCCACUCGUGAUCAACAUGCAUGUUUUUUGAGGGAACAAAGAGAUUCAUAUUCAUGUGAGAAUCUGAUGGAAACAACGAUGGAUUCCAGCGUAAGCCUCCAUAUGGUUGGUUAAUCGCUGUACAGGUGAACUGUAUACAGUCAUGCAUUUAUUGGGUUGACAGAGGGGUCUUAUGUGCUAAUCUACAGAUUACUAAAAGAUGUCAGGAGAACAGGAACUUGAGGGAGGACAUCACUGAGGGAUAAACGCAUGUCAGUCAUUCUGAACAAGAUGGGUUCAUUUCGGGUCUUGGUACGGCUUUCGGUUUGGGACCAAAUUUUGUUUUAAAGAGACACCCACACACACCAGCUCUCUGUCCAGCGGAAUCCACUGGAGAACUUCUGUGCAUUCGUAUGAUUUCAUGUUUAAAGUGAGAGCGAUCGGGGUCGGUUGGGACGUACAGUAGCAGGCGGAGGCGUGCUGAUCACCCGCAUGUGACCCGCUGCAGGGAGGAACAGGUGGAUGCUGGUCAGACCGGAGACGGAGAACGCAGGGAACAUCUCGCGUCAGAGGUAAAACCUGUCCAUAUCGGAUUCCUCCAUAAGAACAAGUGCUUUUAUCAGUUGGACGGUCUCAUCCCAGCAUUCGAAUGCAUUUGUCACUGGACACCAUGAACAUGGUGGAUGACAGCUGUCUUUCGCCCAGCAACUUCCACGAAAUGGUCAAAGCAGGGGGCGCGGCGGUGGGCACCCGUGUCCACAGCAUAGAUGUCAUCCUGGGGUUCAACAAGGACCAGGAUCCUUUGCUCAACCCUGGAGGCAAUGCUGUAGCACACAAAGUUGGAGGGGAUGGUCUUGGAGAUCCAGGGAAGCAGGACCAGCGGGCACAUCCUUACGGACACCUGCCACCCCUCAGAGACAGCUCGGAGCAACCUGUGUUUCACGAUGCUGAUAUAUUCUCCAACAAGUGUGAUGGAGAGUUGAGUGACCUGCGGAAGUCCAUCGAGAGUGACAGCAAGUCUCCAGACUCUGCUGACGGGGAGCAGCCCAAGAAAAAGCACAGGCGCAACCGCACCACUUUCACUACCUACCAGCUCCACGAGCUUGAGCGAGCCUUCGAGAAAUCCCACUACCCUGACGUUUACAGUCGAGAGGAGCUAGCCAUGAAAGUCAACCUUCCUGAAGUUCGAGUUCAGGUUUGGUUCCAGAAUCGCAGAGCCAAAUGGAGGCGACAGGAGAAAAUAGAUGCCAGCACCAUGAAGCUCCAUGACUCCCCCAUGCUCUCCUUCAACCGCCCGCCUAUGCACACCACCGUGGGGCCCAUGAACAACUCGCUGCCCCUUGACCCUUGGCUGACAUCCCCUCUAUCCAGUGCCACUACAGUACAGAGCAUCCCAGGGUUCAUGGGUCCUACACAAGGAUUGCAAACAGGCUAUCCAAGUCAUGGUUUCCUUAGCCCACCCCAAACCUUGGCCCAAAGCAUGCAGCCCAUGGCACCACCUCCAUACCAAUGCCCUCCUCACUUCACCGACAAAUAUCCUCUGGAGGACGUAGAUCAGCGUAGUUCAAGCAUCGCCGCUCUGAGGAUGAAAGCUAAGGAACACAUCCAGUCCAUGGACAAAACCUGGCAAACCAUGUGCUAAGAUAGGGUACAUCUCUCUUUGACUGUGGGCUUUCAUGUUUCUUGGUUACUAAUUGGUACUGAAGGCUAAUCAAGAACCAUGGUACUGGAUGGUUAUCUUGUUCUCCAGUUCAGAAAAUGUUGGGGCACCGAAAUGGCGCUAACUGAAUUGUGUGCCAUUUAUUUAUUUUUUGCAACUGGAUGUAAAAAAAAAAGCUUCCAAGAAAACCAGCAGCUGUUGAAUCUGACUAAAGAUUUUGCUUAGCAUUUCUGUUCCAUAUAUGUAUUUUUUAGGCACACAUUGGCAUGUUGUCUAACUGUCCUAACAAGUUUAAUUGGUUUCGAAAUGGUUUCUAGAACCAGAGUUACUGAAAUGUGAAUGAGACAUGACCUCUGUCUACAAAUUCACACUUCCUCCUUAAGGACUGGUCCAGAUGUUUUGGGUUGACAUAGAAGAUAAAUAUGGUCAGUGGUCGGAAAAGACCUCUUACACAGGCAGCUGAUUUCAUUUAUAGCAAUCCCUCAUUCUGAUCACAAAGGCAGGGACAGGGGACAGAAAUGAUUGGUUUGGGGGAGACAUUUGUAUGCCUCAGUGUUCAUUAGAGGCAAAAGCAUAUUGGCAGACCCAUCUUCUGUACGUGCAGAAGAGCAGAAGGGGAAACUAUCUGCCGUCACCCCACCAUGACUCCCCCUUUGUUUGGGCCAGCUGAUCCAAGUCCGAUCUUUGUUUUCACUUUUUUAGAAGGAAAGACAGUCAGACACUGUCACUCUAAGACACCAAUCAAAAUGAUUUUUAGAUAAAACACCAUCAAUGUGCUUUAAGGGUCAUUUUAUGAUUACUAAGAGAAUAAUUUACCAUAAAAACAGACCUGCUUCAAAGGACCACAAUUUUGAUGUCAUGUCCUCUAAACACGCAAGUGGAAUUCGCUGCUUAUUUUUGAAAGGAAACUCACUCAGUUCAUGUUGCCAGAGUUUUUGUAGCAAUAAAUUUUGUAGUUGUGUUUGACUAAUAAAGUUCUGGAUAACAAGAUAUUGACUCCCGUGAGGAAGAGUCUUAAACUUUUGGGAUGAAUGAAUUAUUCAAUUGAACAAAGUAUGCUCACUAAUAAUGUUUUAAGUUUAGUUGUGUAGAGAUAUUGAAGAGUGUAUAGAUGUUAUAAAAUAUAUACAGUUGAUUUAACUGUAUAAUUCGGUUGUUUUUUGUUGUUUCUAACAGUUCUGUUAUGGGGCAAUCUAUGAUGUUUUGGUAACUUGCACAGUUCGAACAAUUGAAAAGCCAAAGUUAGACAGCGAUAUGACAAUCAUGGGUAGUUAAUAUGACUGUGGGUGUGUGUAUGAUGUUAUUUCUGAUGUUUGUAAUGUUUCAUUGAUGUUUUCACAAUUACCUUUUGAACAGAGCAAUGAAUGUUCACAAAUGUUCUUCAGAAUAAACAAAUCUAGUUUCUCAGA